AUGCGGCGUGUCGUCGUAACGGGUCUUGGAGCGGUCACUCCGCUCGGUGUAGGUAUUCGGCGCUCCUGGAAGCGUUUACUGGAUGGUCAUUGUGGCAUCGUCAACGUGAAAGAGCGUGAUGAGCGUUUUGCCGAGCAGCCUUGUCAGAUUGCUGCUGUUGUGCCCAAGGGGAGUCGGGAGGAUGGUGGGUGGAUGGCUUCGGAGUGGUUGGGUAGGGGAGAGGAGCGGAAGAUGGCGCAGUUCGCGCAAUAUGCUAUGGCUGCCGCAGAGGAGGCACUACAAGAUUCUGGCUGGAAGCCCGAGUCUUUUGAGCAGAGAGAGACUACGGGAGUCUGUCUGGGGUCAGGCAUUGGAAACUUUGACGAGAUGUACAACACAGUUGUAGCUUAUGAAAAAGGCGGCUACAAAAAGGUCAAUCCGCUAUUUGUACCGAAGCUCCUCAUCAACCUCGGAGCCGGACACAUCUCCAUGAAAUACGGGUUCAUGGGCCCGAAUCAUGCCGCGACAACAGCGUGCACAACGGGGGCACACUCCAUCGGAGACGCAGCCCGGUUUAUUGCCUGCGGUGAUGCCGAUGUCAUGGUCGCCGGCGGAGCCGAGUCCUGUAUCCAUCCGCUAGCCAUAGGCGGCUUUGCCCGAGCCAGAAGUCUAGCAACAGCGUUCAAUGACACACCAGAGAAGGCCUCACGGCCAUUCGAUGCUGACCGGGGAGGCUUUGUAGUAGGUGAAGGUGCAGCAGUGAUGAUCCUCGAAGAUCUAGAACACGCGCUUGCAAGAGGAGCACAGAUAUAUGCCGAACUCAAAGGAUACGGCUGCUCUAGCGAUGCGCAUCAUAUGACUUCGCCCAAGGAAAACGGAGAGGGCGCAUUCAUGGCUAUGAAGAAGGCACUCAAACAAGCGCAGUUGCGUCCUUCUACGGUUGAUUAUGUUAAUGCGCAUGCUACUUCGACUAUUGUUGGGGAUGCUGCUGAAAAUGUUGCUAUCAAGUCACUUUUUCUUGGUGAAGGGGGUAAGGAGAGGGCUGCUGAUGUGAAUGUCAGUAGCACGAAGGGUGCACUUGGUCAUCUCCUCGGUGGUGCUGGUGCUAUCGAGGCUUUGAUCAGUGUUCUUGCUAUCCAUGAGAACACUAUGCCGCCUACUAUCAAUCUGGAACGCCUGGCUGAUGGGUUUGAUUGCAACUACGCGCCAAAGGACCCUCAGUCUCGACAGAUCGAUGUGGCUUUGACCAAUAGCUUUGGAUUCGGUGGAACAAACAGCAGUCUUUGUUUUGCCAAGUACUCUUAG